GACGAUGGCUAAUAAAACCCAGGAGGCUGGUGGCAUCCAUUUCCCUUUUCCCUUCACGCCCUAUUCCAUCCAGAAAGACUUCAUGGCAGAGCUAUACCAGGUGUUAGAGGCUGGCAAGAUUGGGAUAUUUGAGAGUCCAACUGGCACUGGAAAAUCCUUGAGUCUUAUUUGUGGGGCCCUUUCCUGGCUCCGUGACUUUGAACAGAAGAAACGUCAAGAGGAAGCACGUCUCCUUGAAAGUGAAACUGCCCCCUUAAAUGGUGGGAAGGCCCAGCCCCCAUUUCUCUCAUCCUCCUGUCACGAGAGCCCAGACACCCGGAGGCCUGCAGGAGAACCUGACUGGGUUACUCAGUUUGUGCAGAAGAAAGAGGAAAGGGACCUGGUGGACCGACUAAAGGAGGAGCAGAGCAGGAGGAAGAAGCGAGAAGAACGCCUGCAGCAGAUCCGGCACAAUGCACAGCUCAAGUAUGUGGCCAAGUGCGAGAGACAGGAAGAAGAUGAGACUGAGCGUCUCCUCCGCCUCAGCAGGGAGGUGCUGGCAGCAGGCACAGGGGCCGAGCCGCUAGAGCAGCUCGCAUCUGGGGAGGAGGAGCUGGUCCUCUCCGAGUACGAGAGUGAUGAGGAGAAAGGAGCAGCUAAUGGGUUAGGUGAGGAUGAGGAUGACCUGGAGGAAGAACAUAUCACCAAGAUUUAUUACUGCAGUCGGACGCACUCCCAGCUGGCCCAGUUUGUACACGAGGUCCAGAAGAGCCCUUUUGGCAAGGACACCCGGCUCGUCUCCCUCGGCUCUCGGCAGAACCUUUGUGUAAAUGAAGACGUGAAAAACCUGGGUUCUAUGCAGCUUAUCAACGACCGCUGCAUGGAGAUGCAGAGAAGCAAACAUGAGAACAAGAGCAGAGCCGAGGAUGAGGAGAAGGAGCCCAAGAGGAGAAGGCGGGAGCCCCGGACUGCCUGCCCCUUCUACAACUACACACGGCUGCAGCUCCUCCGGGACGAGGUCCUCGUGGAGGUGAAGGACAUUGAGCAGUUGGUGACCCUGGGGAAGGAGGCUGGGGCCUGUCCCUAUUACGGGAGCCGGUUUGCCAUCCCAGCAGCGCAGCUGGUGGUGCUGCCCUACCAGAUGCUGCUGCACGCGGCCACCCGGCAGGCCGCGGGGAUCCGGCUCCAGGGCCAGGUGGUGAUCAUCGACGAGGCCCACAAUCUGAUUGACACCAUCACCAGCAUCCACAGCACGGACGUCAGCGGCUCCCAGCUCUGUCAGGCACAUUCCCAGUUGUUCCAGUACAUGGAACGAUACAGGAAGCGUUUGAAGGCCAAGAACCUGAUGUACAUCAAACAGAUCCUGUAUCUGCUGGAGAAGUUUGUGACUGUGCUGGGUGGGAACAUUAAGCAAAAUCCCAAUACGCAGAGCCUCUCACAGACAGGGACAGAGCUGAAGACCAUCAAUGACUUCCUCUUUCAGAGCCAGAUUGACAAUAUCAACCUGUUCAAGGUGCAGCGCUAUUGUGAAAAGAGCAUGGUCAGCAGAAAGCUCUUUGGCUUCACAGAAAGGUAUGGGGCAGUCCUUGCACUCCCCAGGGAGCAGCCCAGACUGGCUGGGUUCCAGCACUUCCUACAGAGCUUACAGCCGGGGGUGACUGAGGCUCCCGCAGCUCCGGUUGAGGAGGGGGAGGCCAGAGCGCCUCGGCCGGCUUCUCCCCUGAUGCGUGUAGAAGGCUUCCUUGCAGCUCUCACCACUGCCAACCAGGAUGGCAGGGUCAUCCUCAGCCGCCAAGGCAGCCUCAGUCAGAGCAGCCUGAAAUUCUUGCUCCUGAAUCCAGCUGUGCCUUUUGCCCAGGUGGUGAAGGAAUGCCGGGCAGUGGUCAUUGCUGGGGGCACCAUGCAGCCGGUGUCUGACUUCCGGGAGCAGCUGCUGGCAUGUGCUGGGGUGGACGCCGAGCGAGUGGUGGAGUUUUCCUGUGGUCACGUGAUCCCUCCAGACAACAUCCUGCCCCUCGUUAUCUGCAGCGGGCCCUCCAACCGGCAGCUGGAAUUCACAUACCUGAAAAGAGAGCUGCCGCAGAUGAUGGAUGAGACCGGCCGCGUCCUCUGUAACCUGUGCAACGUGGUGCCUGGAGGGGUGGUGUGUUUCUUCCCUUCCUAUGAGUACCAACGCCAGGUCCAUGCCCACUGGGACAAGACUGGCCUACUGGCCCGCCUGGCUGUCAGGAAAAAGAUAUUUCAGGAACCCAAGAGAGCAAGCGAGGUGGAGCAGGUGCUGAUGGAUUAUUCCAGGUGCAUUAAGUGCUGUGGCCAGGUGGGAGGCGUGGUGACGGGGGCCCUGCUGCUCUCUGUGGUCGGAGGGAAGAUGAGUGAAGGCAUCAACUUCUCUGACAACCUCGGCCGGUGUGUGGUGGUGGUAGGGAUGCCCUACCCCAACAUCAAGUCUCCGGAGCUCCAGGAGAAGGUGGCCUACCUGGAUCACACCCUUCCCCGAAGCCCAGGUCAGCUCCCCCCAGGGAAGGCUUUGGUGGAGAAUCUGUGUAUGAAGGCUGUCAACCAAUCAAUAGGCAGGGCCAUCAGGCACCAGAAGGACUUUGCCAGCAUAGUGCUGCUGGACCAGCGCUAUGCGCGCCCGCCGAUCCUGGCCAAGCUGCCAGGCUGGAUCCGAGACCGCGUGGAGGUCAAAGCCACCUUUGGCCCUGCAUUUGCUGCUCUCCGGAAGUUUCAUCACGAGAAGUCUGGCCUUUCCUGAGAACAGCCACACCCCUGCUUGGAGUCCAGACCAGCCCCCUGCUCCAUCGCUGGGCUGCCAGGACCCAGGAAUAGGUGGAAAAGCCACUAGGAGAAAAUCCGGUUAAUCCUGAAUGAACAAUGGGUCCUGGCCAGGACGGUUCCCCUCCCUCUUCACACGGCCCGUGGAUCUCCCUGCCCUGUUUCCUGGCCAGCCUUUCCUGGCGGCUGGAGGCUACAGCCUUCCACUGCCCCAUCUGUCUCUGCUCGGUUCUCAGCUUCCACUUGGACAUGAGAGGGAGCAGGCCCGUCCUGCCUCUCCCCUUGCUCACUAAAGUCAGCUGUUACAGAUAUUUACCCUUUCCUUAGAAUUACAGUUCCCCAUUUCCAGUCCUCUGGUGUCCAGGGCUCUUCUGUCCUGGGGCUUCUGGUAACCUCAGCUGCCUCCCUGGGUAAGAACGGGGAGAAGAGCCCCACGCCCUGCUUCCCAGCCCCGGGCCGCACCUCUGCUUCAGGGCGGCCCCUCACCUGUCCCCCAGCCCUUUACAGCGUCCUUCCCUCCCUGGCUUGCCUCCAGCUCCUCCCCGUCGGCAUCUCUGUCCCUCUCAGCCACUUGAGCAAACUGCAAGACACCUCUUCCCCUGACAUUAGCAAUUACGCCAAGGGCCAUUAGGCUCUCAGCACGACUAUUUUUAGACAGCCUGUGUCUGUCACUGAGACACUUUCCUGUGUGAAAAUAUCCCUCCCUCCAUCUGUAACAGCUGCCGUUG